AUGGCUUUGUUUCUAUUUACAGUUGAUGAAGAACAGGCGGGGAUGAUCCAGCCAGACGAGAAAAGUCACAAUUUGUGGGUUCUCCCAAACAUACCUUUAUCCAUUGCUGACGACAUCGAGCGAAUGGUGACUAUCCAGCUGGAUUGGGAGGAGUUAACCAUGGAAUUUUUAGAUGCCUUGCCCUGGGACGACGAGGUCGAUCACGACAAUGACGUAACAGCGGACGCGUAUGUUGUGGUGUACUCGGUUAUAGAUCGGGUGACGUUUGACGCGGCGGUACAGAGCCUCUACAAGCUCCGUCACGGCCUCGGCACUGACCGACCCAUCAUCCUCGUCGGUAACAAGAUUGACCUUGUCCGGAAACGCAAGGUGAAGAAAGAAGACGUGAACUCCAUCUCCAGGACGUACGACUGCCUCCAGUUGGAGACGUCCGCCGCCCUCAACCACCACGUGGACGAACUACUGGUCGCCAUAGUUAAACAGAUCCGCCACAAGCUCAACCCGGACGUUCACCCGUCCCCCGAGGGGUACACCGAGCCCGAGAUGCGGAAACGCGACUAAAAGGGCGCCACGGGCUUCUUUGUCAGGCUUUACCGGCGAUUAAGCCGGAAGGGCCGGCCGAAGGGAAAAUGAGGUGGAUUUGUUAUCAAACGGAGUUGAUUAAAUGUGAUGUAGAAUUUAUAUUUACUUGUGAACUGUGCCCUUUCUGAUGGAAUAUCCAUUUUGUGAUCGUUUAAGUUCAAUCAAUAUAACUGUGCUUACUAUAUUCAUACAUUUUCGUGUCGCCUUUACCAUGUUUGUGAUCUGUGAGACGUCUGUGGUGGAAGUGUAUACAAGGCCUGUUGUGGAAUUGUCCAAUAUUCAACAAGAAGUGCGCUCAUCAGCGUCACGUGUUCCCGUCCGCUGCUUAUGAUCGCCCAUAUAUGUUUAUUACUAUGAUUAUAUAAUAUGCGUUGUUUUUUGUGUAAAGGACUGUAAAGCGACUUGAUACAAAACCUGUGCGCUGCCGUUUAUGUCGACGAUAGCGCGAAAGCAACACAAUUUACAACACUCUGGACGUGUUUUAACCUUCAAUCAGAUCUAAUAUUUAAAACCAGUACU